UUCUAAAAAAUACAAACAUACACACUAGACAUUUGAUUACAAGGCAUAAAGAAAAGCUAUAAAUUGGUUUUGUGAAUUCGACGUUCAAUAGUUUAACGAUGUGUCCAUCAAAUAUCGCACUUUGGUGUUUCGUGCUUCUGCUCAUUGCUUCGUUCUCGGAGUGUCAGAGAAAUUCUACGAAUGACGAUGGGCAAGGCGACAACUCUACGAUACAGUAUAAUGAUCUUUUCUUAAGUUCUACGAAAAAUCGAAAUGGCGAGAUGGAAUCAAUACGGUGCAAUUCACGUGAAAAAUCUAUCCAAAAUGACGACGAAAUGCAAUAUGAGUCCUGCAUUAAUUUUACAAACAACGAUCGCAAGAAUGACGAUUCGGUACAGCGGGACAAGUCUCGCGGACGUAUUAUAAAAAAUCACAAAGAGAAUAAUCAGAUGUCUAUGGAGUCCUACAUGAACUUUACAAAAAACAAUGAUUCCACGUUACAAAGAAUUAAUGAGAAUUUCACUGAGACCGAAGACGAGAGCAAUUCCAAUACAGAUGACUAUAAUAAUAGUACGGCUAUCAUUGUUCCAUAUAAAGUGUGUGGCAAUGUUACCUGCCUUCAGCUCUGUUGUCCUUUCGGUAAUAACUUGACGAUACAGGGCAAGUGCGUCACUGGACAGGGUAAUUAUUCUUUUCCAGACAUGUACAAAUAUGGAAACGAUUCCGAGGAUGAAAACCAACUAACAUAUCUGACCAUCCGCGAUCCAUGCGUUCAACAAGGAUUUGGCCGCCGUUUGCUUAAUGCCGACGGAUACUUGUUUCUCAUCAAUGGCUCCUUGUACCAAGGUCCUGGCAGAUUUAUUUCACCGACGUCCUAUUGCCUUGCCAUCUUGAGGCGGAACAUUUAUGAUGUGAUCGUUUGCACUAAUCAGACUAAACUUCCAGUAUAUAUAUCUGCGUGUCUCCUAGUGUCUUUGCCGUUCUUGCUGCUGACGUUCGUGGUAUAUUCCAUAUUGCCAGAACUGCAAAACAUGCAUGGUUAUACAUUGCGUGCACACGUCGGCUCAUUAUUCAUCACAUACGCGAUUAUGUAUUGCGGCCAACAAAUUUCUGAAUUAGCUACAACGGCAUAUUGCAUUCCACUGGCAUAUAUUUUCAACUUCUUCUUUUUGUCGAGUUUCUUUUGGCUAAAUAUAACAUGUUUCGAUAUUUGGUGGACAUUCAGAGGACUCCGAUCGUGUCGAACAAAUGUAAAGCAAGAGAAAAAGAAAUUUAUAAUGUAUUCGAUCUAUGCGUGGGGAGUCACUUUAAUUCUCAACAUUAUCUGUGCCGUCAUCGAUGCUGUUGAUGAUAACGCAAUACCAACAGACUGGAUUCGACCGGAAAUGUGCAAGAAAAAAUUUUGGUUCGGUGAGGAUAAAGCAAAAACGAUAUAUUUUUACAUACCUAUGACUGCUACUAUUAUCAGUAACAUUUGUUUCUUCAUCGCCACAACAUUAACGAUUUUAUAUCAGAAUAUACAUACAGCUCAGCAGUUGAGAGACUCGGAGAGCAAACGCCACGAUGAAAAUAAGCAGAGGUUGAAUAUGUACCUGAAACUGUUCAUAGUGAUGGGAAUAAGUUGGGUUUUGGAACUAAUAGCGUGGUGGAUCGAUAUAGAUCUCGUGCCAGCGAUCGUCUGGUAUCCUGCCAACAUAAUAAAUGCCUUGCAAGGUCUCAUUAUUUUCAUCAUAUUUGUGUGUAGAAAAAAGAUCAAACAACUGCUGUUAAAACGAUUCGGCGGGCAGAAUUGCGGCCCAUUUUGUAAAAUUCCAAUGAACAAUGAUAGCACAGCCUCGAAUGUCACUUCCAUUUCCACAUCGGAACCAGGAACAGUACCCAUGCAAGAGAUUAGAUCUUCUAAUUCCAACAUCUAAUCAUUUCGUAAAGUUUGAUUAGUUCUACAGUGUCCUAGCUAUGCAUAAUGUAAAGAGAAAAUUCUAUUAUAAUAGAUAAGAAUUAGCAGUUUAUCAGCA